AUGGCGUCUUCCAACUCGUACGCGAGCCACCAGGGCACGCUGCCCGAAGAGUUUGACAUUAUCGUCUGCGGAGGUGGUUCUUGUGGAUGUGUGGUUGCUGGCAGACUUGCCAACCUCGAUCACAACCUCAAGGUCCUGUUGAUCGAGGCUGGUGAGAGUAAUUUGAAUAAUCCGUGGGUGUACCGGCCUGGAAUCUUCCCUCGUAACAUGAAGCUUGAUUCAAAGACUGCUUCAUUUUACAAGUCUCGUCCCAGCAAGCAUCUUGCUGGCCGAGAAGCAACAGUUCCCUGUGCUCACAUCCUCGGAGGUGGUUCUUCCAUUAACUUUAUGAUGUACACUCGCGCCAGUGCCUCAGACUACGACGACUUCCAGGCCAAGGGGUGGACUACUGCUGAACUUCUCCCGCUUAUGAAGAAGCACGAAACUUACCAGCGCCACGCCACUAACCCAGAAGUUCACGGCUUUGAGGGCCCAAUCAAGGUCUCGUUUGGAAACUACACUUACCCUAUCAAGGAUGACUUCCUCCGAGCCACCGACUCUCAAGGCAUCCCCUUCGUCGAUGACCUUGAGGAUCUCAGCACCGGCCAUGGCGCAGAGCACUGGCUCAAGUGGAUCAACAGAGACACAGGCCGUCGCAGUGACUCUGCUCAUGCCUACAUCCACUCGACUCGUGCGAAGCACAGCAACUUGUACCUGGCUUGCAACACAAAGGUCGACAAGAUCAUCAUGGAGAAUGGCCGUGCCGUUGGUGUUCAGACCGUUCCCACCAAGCCUCUUCACCCGAACCAGGUCCAGACAAGAACCUUCCGUGCCAGGAAGCAGAUUGUUGUUAGUGGUGGUACCCUCUCAUCACCUUUGAUCCUCCAGCGCUCUGGUAUCGGUGACCCCCAGAAGCUUCGCGCUGCUGGUGUUGAGCCCAAGGUCGACCUUCCUGGUGUCGGUUUGAACUUUCAGGAUCAUUACAUGACCUUCUCAGUUUACCGGGCAAAGCCUGAAACUGAAAGUUUCGACGACUUUGUUCGUGGAGACCCCGAAGUUCAAAAGAAAGUAUUUGACGAAUGGAAUCUGAAAGGUACUGGACCGCUUGCCACCAACGGUAUCGAGGCCGGCGUCAAGAUCCGACCUACUGAGCAGGAACUCAAGGAGUUUGAGAGGUGGCCCACUCCUCAUUUCACCGACGGGUGGAAGUCCUACUUCAAGAACAAGCCUGACAAGCCCGUCAUGCACUACUCUGUGAUUGCUGGUUUCUUCGGUGACCACAUGCUCAUGCCCCCUGGAAAGUUCUUCUCCAUGUUCCAUUUCCUCGAGUAUCCCUUCUCUCGUGGAUUCACCCACAUCAAGAGCGCUGAUCCUUAUGACACUCCUGACUUUGAUACUGGUUUCAUGAACGAUGAGCGAGACAUGGUACCUAUGGUCUGGGGAUACAUCAAGUCGCGUGAGACUGCUCGCCGCAUGGACGCAUACGCCGGUGAAGUCGAGAACAUGCACCCCUUCUUUGACUAUGAUAGUCCCGCUCGUGCUCAUGAUCUCGACCUCCAGACCACCAAGGCGUACGCCCUCCCCGGUAACCUUACAGCUGGUAUCGGCCACGGAAGCUGGUCUUCUCCUCUCCCCGAGGCAGACCGCUUGCCAGCCGCCAACAUUCUCAACUCCAACAAGGCUCAUAUCCGAGAGGAGCUCAAGUACAGCGACAAGGACAUCAAGGCUGUUGAGGAAUGGGUCAAGCGCCACACCGAGUCUACCUGGCACUCCCUCGGAACCUGCUCCAUGGCUCCCAAGGAGGGCAACAGUAUCGUCAAGCACGGUGUCCUCGACGAGAGACUCAACGUCCACGGCGUCAAGGGACUCAAGGUUGCUGAUCUGUCCAUCUGCCCCGACAACGUGGGCUGCAACACGUACUCUACUGCUCUGCUCAUUGGUGAGAAGUGUGCUAUGCUUGUUGCUGAGGACCUCGGAUACUCUGGCGAGGCUCUUGAGAUGAAGGUCCCUACUUACCAGGCACCUGAUUAA